CUAGUCGUCGUCUCCGUCCUGGAAGGGCGCUGUUUUCCAAAACGACCCAAGCGCAUGCUUAUAGUUGAAGCAAAGUUUGAUGGUGAACAGUUGGCUACUGAUCCUGUAGAGCAUACUGAUCAGCCAGAAUUUGCUACAGAAUUGGCUUGGGAACUUGAUAGGAAAGCACUUCAUCAGCACAGGCUGCAGCGUACACCUAUCAAACUCCAGUGUUUUGCAUUGGAUCCUGUAUCUUCAGCUAAGGAGAAUAUAGGCUAUAUUGUACUUGAUUUAAGGGCUGCGCAGGAAAAGAAACAGGCACCAAAAUGGUAUCCUCUGCUUAGUAACAAGUACACUAAAUUUAAAUCUGAAAUACAAGUAGGUGUUAUAUUGGAGACUGAUUCAAAAGCACUGGUCAAUGGUUUUAAAGCAAAGGAGGCACCCCCUAGAGAAGGGAAGGCACCUGCCCUUCUUUCUGGACUAGACCCUAAAAGUAUUGUACCAGUCUUGAAUGAAGAAGAGGGCUAUCAUCAGAUUGGACCAGCAGAGUAUUGCAGAGACUACUUUGUCUUGUCUGUAACUGUUGCUUUUGCCACACAGUUGGAACAGUUAGUUCCUAGUACUAUGAAGCUUCCUGAACGACAACCAGAGUUUUUUUUCUACUACUCAUUACUGGGAAAUGAUGUCACAAAUGAACCUUUCAGUGAUUUAAUUAAUCCAAACUUUGAGCCAGAGAGAGCUUCAGUUCGAAUACGUAGUACAGCUGAUGUCCUUCAAGUUUAUCUUUGUGCACAGUCAAAAUUGCAGAUCCAUCUUUGCUGUGGGGACCAGUCUCUUGGAAGCACUGAAAUACCUUUGACUGGACUACUGAAGAAAGGAAAUGUGGAGAUUGAUCAACACCCUGUGGCAAUAGAAGGAGCGUUUGUCCUUGUUCCACCAAAUAGAGCUAAACAGAAACUGCCACAGUUGCCUUUGGAUAUGGCUCCUACUGUUGGGGUAUCUGUAAUUCUGCAAAGGGAGAGCUUGAGUGCCCAGCCUUUGAUUCCUUUAAAUGCUCCAACUGAACCUAAAGAGCCACAGGAGAAAGUUCUUUCACCUAUUAGCGGAAAAACAGAGAGCCUGCAGCAGAGAUCCCAGAAUGUCCCAUCUCAAGCUGACCACUCUUCUUCCACAGAAGAUGAAGCAACAGAAAGUGAAGUGGAAAGCCUUAAGUUUGAAAAAGGCACGAAAAUAAAGAAAAAAGGGCUGGUGGCUGAGUCUUGCCAAGAGAUUAACAAACAGCUUCCAGUUUUCGAAUCGGAGAGCAGAGCAAAGUCACCUCUGUCAGAUCUGCAAAAUUCCACUGAUAAUGGUCCGGUAGCUUCUUCUCAACCCAACCCUGCGGGUGCAUCCAGUUCGUCUGAGCCUGUGUCAGCACAGAAGAUUGUCAUUCCAGCAGCCUCUCACCAUUAUUGCUUUUCAAUAGACUUGCGAAGUAUACGUGGUCUGGAGGUUGGUUUUCCAAUAAAUUGCAUUUUAAGGUACACGUAUCCAUUUUUUGGCAGUGCAGCACCUAUUAUGACAAGCCCACCUGUAGAAGUCAGAAAGAACAUGGAAGUCUUUCUUCCACAGUCCUACUGUGCAUUUGACUUUGCAACUGUAGCUCAUCAGCUUCAAGAUACAUUCUUCAG